AUGGCUAGGGUAAAGACUGUUGCUCGCGGACAUUAUCACCAUAGGGCCAGGCGGAGAUUGGACGACGAGGCAGGUCCAUCUCAUGCCCAGAACCCCAUUUAUGAGUCUGAGCCAGAGCCCUCUCAUAUUCAGGAGGAGCCAGCAGAGCCCACUCCACCUCAGUCUCCAUCUACUGACAGUCGAUUACAGUCUUCAGCCGAGCUUUCUCCAAAAUCUCCAAGAGUUGAACAUACAAAAGUUGAUCGUACCUUUUUAGAACGUUAUCCAGGAUUACGUCGUCAAAUAUGGGAUUAUCCUGUUGAAAAACGUGAUGAAGUUCAUCGAGCUUAUAUCAAAGCGAAAGCAUACCAAAUUAUGCUUUCAGAAUAUCCGCUUUCUGGAUUGGAAAAACAUCCUCGUUGGUUUCUAUCAUCUUGGUUUAAAUUAUUUCUUACCUGGUUAGAGUAUUCUCCUUCAAAUGAUGUUGCAUUUUGCUUACCUUACGUUCUUUUUGGAGCGAAGCCAGCGGGGCAUCCCAAAACCAAUGCAUUCACUAGUGAAGGAUUUCGAAGUUGGAAGAAAGUUAAUAAUGGCAAUAAGUGUGCUUUCUUAAAUCAUAUGGGAGGAAGUCCAUGUUCUGCUCAUAACAUUGCUAAGAGAGCAUUCCGAUGGCUUAAUUAUCAAGCUUGUGCUUUUAGAGGGCAUGAUGAAUCCCUUCAAUCAAGUAAUCGAGGCAAUUUCAUUGAAAUGGUAAAGGCUUUUGUGUCAUAUAAUGAUGAUGUUGCUAAAAUUGUUCUUGAAAAUGUUCCAAAAAAUGCCAAAUAUACCUCACCACAAAUUCAAAAGGAGAUUUUGCAUAUUAUUUCUACAAAAGUGAGAAGUAAGUUUCGUGAAGAUAUCGGCGAUGCCAAGUUUUGUAUUCUUAUUGAUGAAGCUCGUGAUGAAUCUAAAAGAGAGCAAAUGGCUCUCGUUUUAAGAUACGUUGAUAAGGAUGGUUUUUUACAAGAACGUUUCUUUGAUCUUGUGCAUGUUAAAGUUAUAACUUUAUUGAAUUUAAAAAAUGAUAUUUGUGCGGUUCUUUCUCACUAUAAUCUUGAUGUUCACAAACUCCGAGGUCAAAGUUAUGAUGGUGAUGGAAAUAUGCGUGAUGAAUGGAAUGGUUUGCAAGCAUUAUUUCUUAAUGAUUGUCCUUAUGCAUAUUAUGUGCAUUUCUUAGCUCACCAACUACAACUAGCUUUAGUUACAACAUCUAAAGAAGUAAUCGCCGUCCAUUAA